GGUGAGAGCCCCCACAGCCCACUGAUGACCUACGAAGCCAUGAGCCUGGAUGUGCAGCACCUCCUGACCCGCCUGGGCAUCACCAAGUGCAUCCUCCUGGGACACAGCAUGGGUGGCAAGACGGCCAUGACACUGGCCUUGCAGAGGCCAGAACUGGUGGAGCGCCUCAUCUCCGUAGACAUCAGUCCCAUCUCAACCAUACCCGUCUCUGAAUUCUCUGCCUAUAUCUCUGCCAUGAAGUCGGUGACGAUCCCAUCUGGUCUGUCCCGCUCUGCAGCCCGCCAGAUGGCUGACGAGCAGCUGCAGCCUGUGGUCCAGCUCCCGCAACUGAGACAGUUCCUCCUCACCAACUUGGUGGAAGUGGAGGGUCGUUACAUCUGGCGGGUGAAUUUGGAGGCUAUUUCCCACCACUUGGCAGAUAUCAUGAACUUCCCUGUCUUCCACAAGCCGUAUCUGGGCCCUGCGCUCUUCUUGGGAGGAUCCAAGUCACCCUAUAUCAGCUCCAAAGACUACCCGGAGAUCCGGCGCCUCUUCCCCAAGGCAGAUGUCCAGUACAUCGAAGGUGCAGGCCACAUAGUCCAUCAGGAUAAAUUUGAAGAAUUCAUCACUGCUGUCCUCAAUUUCCUGCCACCGCCGUAG